AUGGCUUCCGAGAAAGACCUCAAGUCGAGCUUGGAUCUCAAGGAUUCCGAUGCGAACCACAUCGAAGUCGCCGAUCAUGCCCCAGACCUGGAGGCUCUUGCCGCCAGUGUCAACGACCUGCCCAUCACCUGGUUCGUCUGGCUGGUGGCCCUGACCGCCUCCAUUGCCGGCAUGCUGUUCGGAUACGACACCGGCAUCAUCUCCGGCGUGCUCGUGGUUCUUAAAACCGACCUGAAUAAUCGCCCCGUCACCAGCUCUGAAAAGGAAAUGAUCACCUCGUUGUGUUCCGGGGGUGCCUUCAUCGGCGCCAUCUUCGCGGGCAACACCGCAGACCGAUUCGGGCGCAAAAUGGCCAUCUACCUCGGCUGCAUUCUGUUCGUGAUUGGCUCCGUCCUCCAAGCGGCCGCCUUCACGAUCGCCCAAAUGAGUGUGGGACGAGUCGUCGUCGGGCUGGGCGUGGGCUCGGCGGCCAUGGUAGUGCCGUUGUACAUUGCGGAGAUCGCCCCCGCGCGGGCGCGCGGGCGUCUCAUCGGGCUCAACAACAUGUCCAUCACCGGAGGCCAGAUCAUUUCGUAUGCGAUCGGGGCGGCGUUUGCCGACGUCAGCCACGGCUGGCGCUACAUGGUCGGAUUGGGGGCCAUCCCCCCCAUUAUCCUCGGCUGCAUGAUGCCGUUUUGUCCCGAGUCACCGCGCCAUCUCGUCUAUAACCAGCGAAACGAAGAAGCGCGCGCCGUCCUGGGCCGAAUCUACGGGGCCGCUGCAACCACCGAACAAAUCGACGCGCAGCUGGCCUCCAUCCGGGCGGCCUGCGAUCAGGCCCGCGAGAUCAACGAAACGGGCAGCAAGUGGUCGAAGAUUGUGAAACUGCAUACCGUGCCCCGCAAUCUCCGCGCGCUGAUCAGUGCCUGUGGCCUGAUGGUCAUCUCGCAAAUGAGCGGGUUCAAUGCUCUCAUGUAUUACUCGUCGACUCUGUUUGCGCUGGUGGGGUUCGAUGAUUCCACCGCCGUGGGUCUCGUGGUCGCCGGCACCAACUUUAUCAUGACAUGGGUGAACAUGAUGGUGGUGGACAGCUGGGGACGCCGACGACUGCUUCUCUCCACCGUCUGGGGGAUGGCCGUGGGCUUUGUGGCCGUCGCGGUGUCCAUCCACUUCAUCCCGGUGAACAUGGAGACCUUGGAACCAUUGAACCCGGGGGUAUCCGGGCCCGCGAUUGCGGUUUUGGUGUUUGUGAUCUGGUUCGUCGUCUUCUACGGCGUGUCAGUCGGUAACACCGCCUGGAUGAGCACGGAUUUCUUCCCGUUGGAAGUGCGCGCCAUGGGCACGAUGUGGAUGACCUGUUCCAACUGGGGCAGCAACGUUAUCGUCUCCAGCACCUUCCUCACCAUGGCCAAGUCCAUGACUCUGUCGGGAGCAUUCGGCUUCUACGCCGCCAUUUGCGGGAUAUCCUACGUGUGGAUCUAUUUCUUCUACCCGGAAGUCUCCGGAUUAGUCUUGGAGGAAGUCCAAGAGGUCUUCGAACACGGGUUCGGGGUCAAGUACGCUCGCCAGCUGCGCAAGGAGCGAAAGGAGGUCAUUGACGAGCGGAUGAAGAGCGCAGACAAGCCCAUUCCGAUGGGUCAUUAG